GCGAGCGACAGCAACAUUGCAAAGAUGGUGCUCGAAAGUACAAUGGUCUGUGUGGACAACAGUGAGUACAUGCGCAAUGGGGACUUCAUGCCCACGAGGCUUCAGGCUCAGCAGGACGCUGUCAACAUUGUCUGUCACUCCAAGACCCGCAGUAACCCUGAAAAUAACGUUGGCCUCAUCACAAUGGCGAAUAACUGUGAAGUGCUCACCACGCUGACCCCUGACACGGGCCGGAUCCUGUCCAAGCUUCACGCUGUCCAGCCCCGCGGGACCAUAAGCUUCUGUACUGGCAUUAGAGUAGCCCACCUAGCUCUGAAACACAGACAGGGGAAGAACCACAAGAUGCGGAUCAUUGCCUUUGUGGGCAGUCCAGUGGAGGACAACGAGAAGGAUCUGGUCAAAAUGGCCAAACGUCUGAAGAAAGAGAAAGUCAGUGUGGAUGUGAUCAACUUCGGAGAGGAGGAGAUGAACACAGAGAAGCUGACCGCUUUCAUCAACGCCUUGAAUGGAAAGGAGGGUACAGGCUCCCACCUGGUGACAGUGUCCCCUGGCCCAAGCCUGGCUGACGCUCUGCUGUCCUCCCCCAUCCUGGCUGGAGAGGGAGGCUCUGUGCUAGGCCUGGGGGCCAGUGACUUUGAGUUUGGGGUGGACCCCAGCGCUGACCCUGAACUGGCACUGGCCCUGCGCGUGUCCAUGGAGGAGCAAAGACAGCGGCAGGAAGAAGAGGCUCGCCGAGCAGCUGUUGCCUCAACAGCAGAGGGCAGCAUCCCCACUCCCACUGGAGAUGAGUCAGAUGAGGCGUUGCUGAAGAUGUCAGUGUCGCAGCCGGAGACAGGCACCCCUGGCCUGCCUGACAUCAGCAGCAUGACCGAGGACGAGCAGAUUGCCUAUGCCAUGCAGAUGUCCCUUCAGGGAGCUGGGGGUGGGUAUGGCGAGGUGGAGUCUGUAGAUGUGGACACAGAAGCGCCCAUGGACACUGCUGAAUCUGCCAAGGAGGAGGAUGACUAUGACAUGCAGGACCCAGAGUUCCUGCAGAGUGUGCUGGAAAACCUGCCAGGUGUGGACCCCAACAAUGAAGCCAUUCGUAAUGCCUUGGGCUCCCUGGCCUCACAGACAGGUUCCAAGCCUCCUGAGAGUAAGAAGGAUGAGGAGAAGAAAAAAUGAGACCUGGGAGAUCAAGAUCAAUGAACUCGAGCAGAUGGAAUCAGACUUGGCUAACUUUGAUGGACAGUGCUGGGUACAGAUGGAAGAGUAGACACACAGAAGUAGACUGAGACUUUACUAUCUGACAGUUGGACCAACACACACAAAGUUGUACACACCCAGAGAAAAGGCUUGCACAAUCACCUUCCAGUGUAUACUCUUGACUGAUCAUCAGACUAAUGAAAACAGCCAAAACAAAACUUCCUAAGGAACAUACACACCUAUUUGUAAUUCCUUCAUUAAUUUACUUUUUGUAUUGUCAUUAAAAAUUGUCAAGGCUU